UUAUAAUGUGGCUGAUGUUAGAGUCCGACAGCAAAAAGUAGUUUGGAUAAUAUCGAUUGACUCUUGAUUGCUUUGGCCUGACCGGCAGGGUGAAAGUUGAAAGAUCACUGAAGUCUGAAAACAGGAGGCACGUGCUAUCUGAAAAGUUUCCAAACCUACCUUUUGCAACUGAAAUCCAACCAUACCUGCAGCUGGAGCAGCUGCAGCGAUGGCGGCCAUUUACUCAGGUAUCCACCUAAAGCUGAAGAGUCCUCACACUCCAUGGGAGGACAAGCUGAAGCUGGCUCGGUUUGCCUGGAUCUCACCUCAGUGUCUGCUGCCCAACAAGGAACAGGUGUUGUUGGACUGGUGCACCCAUGCUUUGACAGGAUGGUACAAUAAGAAAGUGGAGUAUUCUCACAAUGUACUGGAGGGCCUGUGGUGUUAUCUCGAUGACCUGCUUCACAGCCGGAAGCUCCACGCACAUCUGAAGCAGGGCAAGACCGUCAGCCUGAGGCUCAACAUGGCACAGCUGUUGCUUGAUCGACUUCAGGAGUGUGCACAAACUGGCUCCAAGUCCUUGCUGUGUGUGUCUACUAUGCUGAGUGUGUGUCAGGGCAUUGUGUCCUCUCCUGUGCUUUCUUCCGUCUUCAUCACCAAGUAUGAACUAAUGGUUGACCUACUGGUCAAACUCUGCUCUCUGGCAUGCAACGAGCUACAGCAGCCACUGCUCACAGAAACCACAAUGACUGAGUCUACUACAUGUCAAGACCAGGUGAUGAGUGAGCACCUUCAAGCUCAACCUACUGCCAAUACAGACUCUGUGGACACAAGCGAAUUCCCUUCCAAACAUGAUGAAAAAAUUCUAUCAUCUAAUGUAUUUGAACUGCUGCUUCAGGUGUUAUCUUGUUAUUUAGCAGUGCAGCGACAACAAGCGAAUCCUAACAGAGUCUUUACCAUGGUAACCAACCAGCUGCUCCAGCCGUUAGUCCUCCUCAGACACCUGCUUACCUCUGCUGACCUCUUACACACAAAAUUGCGUCUUCGUCAGCAGCUGUGCAGAGACAUCCGUGCCAAGAUCGACUCCACCCUUCAUUUCGCACUCUUCCCAUCCGAGCACCUGACAUCCUACAAGGAGGAGCUCCUUCCAUCCAAAGACAAUUCUGGGAAGCGUGGUGCAGGAGGAGCAAAAGGUCCCUUAAAACCAGUCACUGCCAUACUUUCCAAACUGAGUGCACAGGUUCACUGUGAGCCACUGCUGCUUUACUCUGUGAAAUCCAACACAUUGUCCCUGCUGUUCAGGUUUUUCCUGGAUAGCUAUGGAAAAGGAAGAGCAGACAGUGAAGAAGAACAGAGGAUGCUGUGUUACUAUUUUCUUGUCAGAUUAGUCCCAGCCUUGGAUUUAUGUAUUGAUGGCGACACAGUUUCACCUGCAGAAGCAGACAAGCCAGUGUCUGCAUCCCAGGAGAAAAAGUCUCCCCCAGCCUCCCUUCAGUCUCCUCAGAGCUGGAGCCUGGCCCUGCUGGCUGUGGAGUCUCUGCUGAGCCAGGCUCUGUCAGCUAAUAUUUAUAAUGUAGCAGCAGACAGGAUAAGACACAAAGAAGUCCAACUCAGCUUUUACAGAUCCCUAGGACAAAUACUCUUCAACCAGGCUCAGCCAAGCAUCCCAGCCUGGUACCGCUGUGUGAAGGUGCUGUUGAGUCUCAACCAUCUGAUUCUUGAACCAGACUUGGACCAACUGUUGUCUUCAGCCUGGGUUCAUUCUGAAUGUAUGGAUGCACGAGUGCAGCGGGCCAGACAGGUCAUGGUGUGCAGUCUCCUCCAAACCUACACCAAGCUGCGUCAGCUUCCUCGCCUCUUCUCCGAGCUCCUGUCUGUGCUAUGUCAACCUGCUCAGGAAGAACUGCGACCUCCUCUGCUGUCUGACAUGGUAUCUGACUCCCUGAGGACUUGUCUUCAAGAGACACCUCCGUCCCAGGGCCUAGAGAUCUGCUCAUUAGUGCUGGAGAGCAUGAGGAGAUGUAUACUACCUGACCUUUUAAAGGCAGAGAAGAGUGAAAUUGUUGGAGGACGAGAUCAAGAAGGAGAAAGAAGGAAAGUUAACAUGAACCAAAAGAGGCAAGAUGCAUCUCUGAAGCUCCUGUCUCUUAGCCAGCUCCUUCAUGCUGCUUUGUUUAACCUAAAGACUCUAGACAAUGCAUCUCCCCUUCCUUUAGUCAGACAGGGUCAAGCCCUGAUGAAGCAAAUGCAGGAGGUGGUGAAUGACUUACUGCAACUGUUGUCGGCGGAAGAUCCGCCUGGUAAAACAAAGAUAAACUCAAGUCAGAAGAUGCCAAAGAAAGGCAAAAAAUGUCUGGAACACAAAGAGACAGAGAUGGUCUCAGUGUGGGAACAGAAGACCCAGGAGGCUACUCUUCUCCUCAGGUACACCUGGGUGGAAGUGGACACGCUUUUUAAUCUCCACUGCAGUAAAUACACAUCUGACCAGAAAAGUAAAACUGAGGAUGAAGCCAUUUCCAAUGAUCCAAUGAUGACUCACCUUGAGAGUCUCUUAUCUGGAGACAUCUUACCAGCACGACUCCUUCCCUCUCCCUCCAGCAGCCCCAUGAGCUGCUUUUUGUACAAAAUGCUCACGCUACAACAGAUGAAGAAGAUUUUGUUAUACAGUACGUUGCUCAGUGAACCGAGCAUUGCUGCAUUGCUGAACACAGCAGUCCAGUUUAUUUUAUCUAAACUGAAGCUCGAGGUGAGUCUAGAUGGACAGCAGGUGUGGGAUGGGCAGAUAAGCAGUGUGAACUCCAACUCCUAUGUUGUUGCACACUGGCAUCUUGUCACAUCCAAUCUGCCUUUGGUUGCUCCUUACCUGAGCAGAGAAGACAUGGACUGUGUUGCGGAUUUUUUAGUCAGUUCAGUACUCGGCAGACAAACAGACCUGGACCGGCCGUCCAGCUCUCUCACUGUGUCCCUUAUUACUUCUCAGCUUCUCCAAAGUCCAAUUCUUGCAGAGUUACCUUCAGUUUUCUCUGCGACAGUUUGUUCCCUAAUACAGAGAAUUCGAGAUGUUCUCAUGGUGGCUCAUAAGCACAAGGUUUGUGCUUCAUUCCCAGAGUUUCAUGGGGCCAGUCAGCCUCUUUCCACACCAGUAAAGGAUGAGAGCAUAGUUGAGGAUAUCUUAUCUUCCUCUAAGACUGGAGAGGUGUUUGUUUCACUCACUGACACACAGACAAAGGAGCUGAUUAACCUAGUUCAAAUCUUAAUGAGUGUAAACCCAGAUGGUAUGAACUCUGAGGAUCUGUCCUCUGUUUUCCUCCUCCUCUUCUUCAUGCUCACCUCCUGCUCCUGUCUGUCAGACCCAACGGUUAAUGAUCAUUGUGACUCUGGAGAUGAUGUUGUGUUCCUGGUGAGCCUGCUCAAGAUGCUGACCAUUCUUGUGGAGAGCCGAAACUUAAAAAGUGUUUUGAAGGUAAUUCAUGGAGGGACGCUGCUGCAGGCUGCUGUGUCGUCUCUCCUCUGGCAUAGUAGCAAUGGAAGAUUUCAAGCCACAUCCAACCCUGAUUGGUUGGAUUUAAUCAAAGCAGUGCAAGCCUUCAUCAUGUCCUUGACUGAGUUGAUUGUAACCAGAGGAAGCAGUCUUGUGCUCAACCUGGAACAGUUUGUCUCAUUUUUUACCAGUAAGGAAAAGCCAGAUUCAGGAGAAUCUAUUUCAUCUGUUCAUCUUGAGCUUGCAUCACUAACGUGUUUGGCCCAGACGUUGAACUCUAACCUGGGAAGAAGUAAAUCAAUGGAUCAAACUUUCACCCAAAUGAUCUCUAGAGUGAUUGCAACACUGGGACCAGCUGUUGAGUCCGUCCUCAGACUCCAGACUUUGAGCAAAGAAGCCACUAAUCCAGCAAGUGUCCUUGGUCAGGCCUUUGUGGUAGAUGUUGUAACUGUCAUGCUCCACUGUGAGGUGUCCUCACUGUCCGUGAACACCAGGAGCACUCUGGAUCACAUAACCCUGUAUCAGGGCUUGUGUCAGCAUAUCCUCAGAGAUCUUAGCUCUUCCCUCGGGUCCGUGGAUGCACUGGUUUCUUCUCUUCACUUCCUGUCCACUUUCUACAAAGCAGUGGAGAGGACGAGGGGAGAUGGGGAAGAUGGAGGAAAGAUGCUGGAGGAACUAUACAUUCAAAUCCUGCAGGGAGUACGCAGCCUGUUGACAGCUCCUCGUCUGUCUGCAGAAGACAUCUGUGAGCUGGAGUCAGCCGUGCAGGAGCUCCUGUGCAACCUGUUGGAAAAGAGUACAACCGAUCAGUUGACAUUGCUGUUGGUGAUCAUCAGAGAAGGACUGAAUGCUGGAAAGCUGAGAGCCGGAAAUAACAGGGAGGUGCUGUGUGCAGUCACCAUCAUUAAGCUGCUCUUCUGUUGUCAGUUACCUGAGACCUGCUCUAAAGCUCUGUGGCUCAUUGCACCAGAGAUUAUAUCUGCUUUGGUGUUCCUAGUUAGGAUGUGCAGUCAGGACGCCUCCCUGACACUUCCCUUUACGGUUCCCGCAGUGACGUCUAUGACGUCACUCCUGCGUCAGGGGGAGGGGCUAAUCUCCAACCCCCAUCAUGUGAUCUUGGUGCUCGGUGCACUGCAGUCGGUGACCCUGGACCACUUGUCGCCCCACGCCUACAAGUCGACAUUCAACACUGUUCACGAGUCACUGUUUGCUAUCAUUCAGUGUCAUCCUCAGGUGUUGUUGAACGCAGCUCCCUCCUUCUUAAAUGUCUUCUACCGUCUGGUGGUGUCCAUCAUGCAGGAAGGCCGGCAGAAAGGAGACAGUGACACAGGUUCAGAUAGUGACGUGUAUCUCCAGUGCUCCAGACUGAUUGAGAGGAUGUACUCUCACAUCGCUGUAUCAGCAGAGACCUUCACUACGCUGUCAGCCUUCAUGGUGGCUCAGUAUGUCACAGAACUGCAGAAGGUGACUCUGCGACCGGACAUUAAGCUGCAUCUCACGGAGGGGAUCUAUCAGAUUCUGGACUUGUGUGCGGAGCAUGAUAUCAAGUUUCUGAUGGGCGGACUUCAGACGGGAGUGAGAGAGGUUUUCAAUGAGCUGUAUGGCAGCUACACACACUACCACAAAGCACGGAGGCAAGGAGAGGACAAGUACACCGUUUGAUCUGCCACAAUAUUGUCUGCAAUGGUGUGUUCAAAUCCUUCUCCAAGUGGUUGACUUUAGUCACACCCUGCCUGCAUCAUAAAUAUGCAGCACACAGCUGCUAUGCAUUCACACAGAGGAUGGAGUCAGAUCUGGAAACUGAGGUUUUCCUCUUGCUGCAACCGCAGCAAAUGAUCUGUAUAAUAUUAUGUAUAACAAUUGGUUUAAUUGAGAUGUGAUUUCCAUUUAACAGAAAAGCUGGGAAAAAACUAUGUCUAAAUUGUACUUGUGUGUUGGUUUUAUUUUGUAUUUUGCCAAAAAUACAUUUAAAAAUAUCAUUUUUAAUUAAAUCC